UUAGGCACAUUCAAAGUAGUUUCAAAAUUCUGUUGAACAAAUUUUAUAUUUUCGGUUUCCAUUUCAGGACAUUUUUUUGGAAAAUUGGCCAAGCACCAUGACGCUCUCGCAUUGGUACAGAGAUUACGGAGAGAAUGCACCGAAGCCGGCUGCCAAAGCGAAAAUCAUGUCGCGCGCCAGUCAAUUGGAUCAACGACUGAGAUCCAUUUUAAUGGAGCGCUGCUCUAGAAGCAACAAGCUGCUGCGGCAGCAGGCGGGCCUGGACAGCGCCAGAUCGAAGGCGAGCAAGUGCCGCAGGGCGUCCGUGGUGCCAAAGGUCUGCAAAUUUCAGCAGGAGUACGAUCGGAAUCGCAUAGAAAGGGCGCGCAGCGUGAUUCGGGCGCAACAACAGCAGCGACAAUUUCACAGUCUGCCGGUGCCGAAUUUCAGAGCCCAUCACAAGCGCUGGGAGAUGCGCAACAAGAUGCGUCAGCUGAAUUCGCUGCAGAAGAUCACCGAGCCGCAAACGCCCCGCACGCUUAUCAACUCGAUGAAGGCGAACAAACGCUGGGAGGCCGAAAUGUUGUCCAUACAGGAGUCCAGCAUGAAGGAGUUAACGCUGCGGCCAAAUUUGCUAGCAACAUCGGGCGAUUCUUGGCGCAAGCCGCCAUAUGUGCCCAGCAUCUGGUCGAGCAUUGUCAAGACGAAGCCAUUCAAAUUGCACUCACAGAAACGGGGUGAGCAACGCAAGCAGUUCGACAAGUGGAAUCAGCGCAAGCAGGAGGAUCGCUGCCAGGCGAACAUGGUUGCGGCAUCGCUUCGUUGGCAGAAGGAAUACCAGCAGGCGCGCCAGCUGACCAACUUCAAGGCCAGACCGAAUCCCUGGAAGCGCACCAAAGUUAAAUUGUAAACAAUUACAAAUAUACUCGCGAUACAUUUUGAAAUAUUGUUUGGGGUUGAAUCAAUGCCUCGCUUUUAGAUGCGUUUUUCCUUUCGGA